UAAGAAAAUCGAACACGAUAAGUUUUUGGCUGUUAGCCUGAUUUUAUUCUCAAUGCCAGGUGCUUUUUCCUAUUGACUUUAUCAUGCGUAUACAAGCACUAAUACACCACAAGUAACACGAAAUAACCUAAAUUGACUUUUUUCAUUGUAAUCUAGACAAGUAAGUAUUAGGUGACAUAAUUUAUCCUCGUCAAAAUCAAGUUAGGAGUGAAAGCUUCAAUCGACUAGAAAAGAUGGAAAGCAAAAUAUUCAUAGUUUUCUUCUUUCUCACACAAUUACCAAAAAAAGGACUUCUGAAGGAAAUCAACGAAAUCCCAACAUUCGUGGAAAAACACAACGAAUCGGAAAAUACGAAGAAAUGGUCGCACACGUGGAGUGUUCCCUCCAAAAACAAAUGGUCGUUGCACACAGAGGAGCUUUCUGGUGGCUUGAGUGGUAAAGAAGGGAUAAGUGGUCAUGGACGAGUAUCUGGUGGGUUCAGUGGUAGCGAAAGAUUGAGUGGUGAUGGUGGACUUUCUGGUGGGUUCAGUGGUAGCGAAAGAAUGAGUGGUAAUGGGGACUUUCUGGUGGGUUCAGUGAUAGCGAAAGAAUGAGGGGUAAUGGGGGACCUUCUGGUGGGUUCAGUGAUAGCGAAAGAAUGAGUGGUAAUCGCAGACUUUCUGGUGGGUUCAGUGAUAGCGAAAGAAUGAGUGACAAUGGUGGACUUUCUAGUGAGUUAAGUGGUAGCGAAGGGAUAAGUGGUAAUGGACGAGUAUCUGGUGGGUUCAGUGGCAUCGGGAAGUUAUCAGAAAGCCGUGAAAGUGGACUUCUCAGUGGCAAAAAGUAUUCUCUAAAAUUUGAAAUAGGUUGGUCUCGAUGUCUUUAUCCAGAACAGGGCGAAAUAUCUCCAGGCACCAAACUCGUUCUUCAAUCAGAAGCUUGUGGCAUGAAAAAAUCUAAAUUUACACUUUCAAAAGAAGGCAAUUUAAAACAUGUGAAAAGUGGAUACUGCGUCCAACCAGAAGGAGGUGCAUUGAAUGAUGAAACACCAAUUAUUCUUGGAGAAAAAUGCGAUAAAAAAUGGGCAAUGACCAUAACAUCUGGCAGAUCACUUCAAUUGACCAAUAGUGGGAAAUGUAUACGUCCAAUAAGUGGAAGCAUUCAUCCAUUAUCAAUGGAAAAACUGGUGUUUAGUGAUACUUGUGAUGAGCCAGAAAACAUGUUUGACAUUACAAACAUAGUCGUCGAUGACUCGAGUGACGAAAUAGAUGAAGACACUGGUCCCACUGAUCAUGGAAAAUCAGGAGAAAUGUCAUGGGGAUGGAAAAGUAGAAGAAAAAACAACGGUGGAAGUUCAGGCUCGUCAUGGUCUCCUACAGGAGCAUUUGGGGAUAAUUUAGGAAACUCGGAAGGUGGUAAGUGGUCAAACUCAUGGAAAGAUCCCACAAGUCUUCACCAGAAUGACGAUUCCCAGAACUGGGACUCAGCUGAAGAAACAAGUUUUACUGGUUUAGCUGGAGGAAUAAGUUCCACUGGUGCAACUGGUGAAGCAAAUAAUACUGGUUCAACUGGAAGAAAUGGUUCAACUGGAGGAACUGGUUCAACUGGAAGAAAUGGUUCAACUGGAGGAACUGGUUCAACUGGAGGAACUGGUUCAACUGGAGGAACUGGUUCAACUGGAGGAACUGGUUCAACUGGAUGGACUGGUUCAACUGGAGGAACUGGUUCAACUGGAGGAACUGGUCCAACUGGAGGAACUGGUUCAACUGGAGGAACUGGUUCAACUGGAGGGACUGGUUCAACUGGAGGAACUGGUUCAACUGGAGGAACUGGUUCAACUGGAGGAACUGGUUCAACUGGAGGAACUGGUUCAACUGGAGGAACUGGUUCAACUGGAGGGACUGGUUCAACUGGAGGAACUGGUUCAACUGGAGGAACUGGUUCAACUGGAGGGACUGGUUCAACUGGAGGAACUGGUUCAACUGGAGGAACUGGUUCAACUGGAGGGACUGGUUCAACUGGAGGAACUGGUUCAACUGGAGGAACUGGUUCAACUGGAGGAACUGGUUCAACUGGAGGGACUGGUUCAACUGGAGGAACUGGUUCAACUGGAGGAACUGGUUCAACUGGAGUAACUGGUUCAACUGGAGGAACAAGUCCUACUGGUUAUGUAAGUAAAGAAAGUGAAAACGAAGGAAAUUCUGGUUUGUUAUGGAAGUGGUCUUCUCCUGGUACUUCUGGGGAUAACUCAGGAAACUCAGAGGAUGAUAAGUGGUCAUCCGCGUGGAAGACUCCCACGCGUUUUCAUCAGAAUAAUGGCGUAUACCACAGAAGGAAACACGACAGUCACAGCCCACAGAAAAUUAUCAAUGCAAAGAAAACCCACACCAAAGACAAAAAACAUUAAGAAAACAAACCAAAAAGUUAUGCAUUAAGCAGAAAAUGUAGUGUAAAAUUUAAAUUCUUAUUAAUUUAACACAUUGCAGCCUAUACGAAUGAAAUACAUACGAAUCUUUA